AUGAACCCUACUGAUAGAGAGCAUACGACAUUCAUCACGGACAGGGGAUUGUACUAUUAUAACGUCAUGUCGUUCGGCCUUAAGAACGCGGGGGUAACAUAUCAAAGGCUCGUCAACCGAAUCUUCGCCAAACAUAUCGGUAGCAUCAUGGAAGUAUACGUCGACGAUAUGUUGGUAACAAGCAGGACUGCUGAAGAGCAUCUACAUAAUUUGGCCCUUAUGUUCGAUAUUAUGAAGGACUACCGAAUGAGGCUGAACCCAGCAAAGUGCGCAUUCGGUGUGUCUUCCGGUAAGUUUUUGGGUUUCAUGAUCAGUCAGAGAGGGAUCGAAGCAAAUCCCGAGAAAAUCAAAGCCAUAAUUGACAUGGAAAAGCCGAAGAUGCAGAAGGACCUUCAAAGCCUUACCGAGCAUGUCGCUGCCUUAACACGCUUCAUUUCCAAGGCCACGGAUAAGUGCGUACCGUUUCUUAAAGCCUUGAAAGGGGGCAAACAGCGUAUCACGUGGACUGCCGAAUGCGACCAGGCAUUUCAAGACUUGAAGAACUAUAUGGGUAGAGCACCAUUAUUGUCGAAGCCACUCCCAGGAGAGGUUCUAUUUCUCUAUCUAUUGGUAUCAAGCACUGCUGUCAGCUCGGUGCUGAUACGCAAACUAGAGAAAGCAGAACUACUGAUCUUAUACAUCAGUAAGGCGCUGCAGAACGCAGAGAUUCGGUACCCUCCCUUGGAACAGCUAGCCUUAGCUCCCGUGGUCUCAGCUCGAGGACUCCGUCCAUACUUCCAAGCGCACGAAAUUACAGUUUUAACCAACCAAUCGCUCCGGCAUUUCAAGCCAAAACCUGCGGAGAAAGGUCAGGUCGUCACUGACUUCAUCUCCGAGCUCACACCUUCGGUAGUGCCAGAGCUAGCCAGUUCAGACGCUGAUGCCGGGGAAUCAGGCAAGCGGAAUGCUGAACAAUUCAACACUUCCGUUCCCAUAUGGAUUCUGCAUGUCGACGGUUCGGCAAAUCAACAAGGUUGUGGAGCUACCCUGGUGCUGACUACUCUAGACGGAGCCAAGGUCGAAUAUGCCCUCCGAUUUAACUUCAGAACCUCCAACAACGAGGCAGAGUAUGAAGCUCUUUUGGCCAGCCUUCGACUACCUAUCGGCAGACUUCCAGCUCAUAGUGAAUCAGACAACGGUAGACUUUGCAGCUAG